AUGGAGUCCACAUUAGUUCAGUUGUAUGCUGCAGAGAUGAGCACUUGGAUAGCAAACUCCAACCCGAACAUGAAACUUAUUUUGCUCUUCACCGCUUCCUUCACCUGGGCCAUCCAGCAGGAGGGUGAGCCCUCCAAGUACCAAUACCGAGACCCGGUGACCUCUGACCUGCUCUUGUGUGACCAGUGUCCCCCUGGCACGGCCGUGAAGAAACACUGUACUGCUGACAGGGCCACUGAGUGCCAAGUCUGCCCGGAAAGACACUUUGCAGACAGCUGGCACUGGGGUGACUCGUGCCAAUACUGCACCUCGGUAUGUCAAGUUUUGGGAAGUAAUGAAGUGUGCAAGGAGAGACAGUUGGUGAAGCAUGAGUGCAACAGCACUCACGACAGAGUGUGUGAGUGUGCUGCAGGUUUCCAUCUCGUGGUUGAGUUCUGCAUCACACACCGCUCCUGCCCACCCGGCUAUGGAGUGGAAGCUUUAGGUACACCGUUGAGUGAUACAGUGUGCAAGCAAUGUCCCGCUGGUCAUUUCUCCAGCAGCCGCUCCUCCACAGAACCAUGUCGACCCCACAGAAAUUGCACAGAUUUGGGCUUGAAGACACUGAGGUGGGGAACAGCCAAUUCAGACAGCAUCUGUCAGGACCAAAUGAUGGCUGUUGAUUGUGCUCUUCAGCACAAUUUGUGUCACACAGAUGCGCUCCUGUGUGAGGAGGCAGUCUUCCAGUCACUCGCUUCUUUGCAGCUAUCCUCUGUGCCCCUGGAGCGUCUGCUGGAGAGUCUUCCCGGACGGAGGGUAGAUGGUAAAAGCGUGGAGAAUCUGAAGAAGGCCUGUUCUCCGCAGCAGCAAGUCAUCCAGCUCCUACGAUUGUGGAGGCAGAAGAACAAGGACCAGGACAAGCUGUAUGGCAUCAUAAAAGGUGUGAACCACUGUGAGAAGAAGGUCUCCCGCUGCAACACCCUGAAAAAUGUAACUUUCGUCGACCUCUUGGAGGUUACAAACAGCUUGCCGGGAGUUAAAGUUCACCGGGAGGACGUAUCGGCGCUAGUGGCAACAUGUCUGCCCCAGCAGUACAUCCUGAACCUUCUCCACUUGUGGAAGAUGGCCAACUUUGACCUGGAUUUAGUCAAAGGUCUUUCUCACAGUCUGAGGGUGCUGCGCAGCAAAGGGGCACCUCGCUACCUUCUGAAAGGCCUGAAGAAGAUCAGCCGUAUCAUAGGUUCCACCUCCACACGCAAGACGUAUGAAAAGAUGUUCAUUAGCAUGCUGCAGAAUGAGCUGUGCUUUAAAACCCUUAAACCAUUCAAUGAAUGA